CCAAAACCGUGCAUAUAUCACCCUAAUGUCAUGUUUACCCGCAAACAUUCAAUAAUAUGCCUUCACAUGCACCGUCGAUUACAAAUGCCCUUCACAGUAAAUGACCCAAUAUCAUUUCUUCUCAACAUGCUUCCAACCAGAAAAACACGUAACAAACAAAACCUUCAACGCUUCUCCAGCUGGGAAAUUCGAUGGCCCGCAAUAUGUCAAAUCCUAUUCGAGCUUGACUAUCUACAUCAUGAUAAGACUCCCCCAGAAACUCCCACUCUUGGUAACAAGUUAGUCCAGUGGCUUACUCAGGACUAA